UACGAUAAAUCAUACAAUUUCAAAAACGCAACUAUUACUAUUUACUUGUUUUGUAUUAAAUAUGUACACAUGUAUUUAAUGAAUUUUAUUACGAAAUAUCACAAUACAUUUUUGUGCACUUCAAUAUAGUAUUUACAGAACGAUAUAUAACAUUUCGAAACACACAUUUGUAAUUAUUUGUUAAUCUAGAGUUCACUAAUUUUUUGAUUAUUAUGGAGAUUAAUAAAAUAGCAAUUUUAGAAAAAUGCGUUGCUGCUUUAGAAUACAAGGUUUACGGAAAUAAUUCUCAAUCAUCAUUUUCAUUGGGUAGUUUGAUUGAUGAAAUAAAUAAAGUAGACACUACAAUAAGUAAUGCUUGUAUUGGUCAUCCUAAUGCAACUGCAUUACUUGGGCAUGUAAAAAUCUUGGAUCAGUUGAUGGAUCCAUUCUAUGAAGACUUGCAGCUAGAAACGUCUAAAAGAGAAAUUAUACUCUCUGCUGAAACUGAUUUUGUGGAUUAUGCACAACAGUUGAACAUUUUAAAAGAAAAUUGGCCAGCUUUAAACAAUAAGUCUUAUGGAGAUUUAGACAAAUAUACUAAAGAUAUUGAAAAACUUGUUAAUGAUGAAAGAAAACAGAGAAAUGCUAUCAAACAACAAACAGAGCAAAUACAUAAGUUAUUAUUUAUGUAUGAACAGUUGAUGUUAAAAUUUUCUUUAGCAUUUGAGAAGUUAGAGAAAGCUAUCACUGAGUUGGAGUUUAAUUCAUCUACCAAACCAGAAGAAAGUAAUGAAGCAUAAUAAAAAAAAUUGAACUCUAAAAAAAUAUUUGUAUAAUAAUAUAUAUAUAUAUAUGAUAACAUUAAGUAACAUAAUUAAAAUAAUUGUUGUUUUAUUCGUGCAAUUAUCAUUUAUUUUCAAUAUCAGUUCAUCCUGGCUA